GAAGAUCAUAUGACCAAAUUGAAGUCGUAUGAUCAACCGUUUCUGGUAUGAUGUGAAUUUUAAGCGAUUGUAACCAAUCAGAACACCGUGUUCAGGAAACCCUUCUGUACGGUAUGCAUGAAAAUGAUGUCUGCUAACUAGUUUGUGGUGCACAUAGGUGACCCACACAGCAUUCACCUACCAGCCCCUGCUUACAGCCCCACCUGCAGCUGAGCGUCUCCUCAGCCUGAGCUCCAGUGACCUCCCUCAAACACCAUGGAUCCUGGCCAGCAGACCAGCUCUCUUCCCCAGCCCAGUGCAGAGUACUUUUCAUGGGACUACCGCCUUCAUCUUAUUUGCCUGGGCUUUGCCUUCUAUGCAGGAAUAUUCCUCCUCUCCCACCUCCUGUCUGUGGCAUUGUCCCGCACCUACAACUCCCUGAUAGCUAAAGAAAAGGUUUUCUGGAACCUCGCAGCAACUCGGGCAUUGUUCGGCGUCCAGAGUACUAUAGCAGGUCUCCGAGCCCUGACUGAGGACUCGGCUUUAACCAAAGACAAAGUGAGGGGACAAGAAGACUGGUCGUGGUUCAAUGUCCUCACAGCCACAGGUUUCUUUGUGUUUGAAAAUGUAGCACUUCACACCUCCAGUGUGGUAUUUUGGUCAUUUGACCUCCCACUGGCGACGCACCAUUUCUUCGCCCUGUCAGGAUAUGUAGGAGCAUUGGUGUGGGAUACCAUGGGCCACUUCCUGCCAAUGGUUACACUGCUGCUGGAGAUGAGCACGCCAUUCACCUGUGUGUCCUGGAUGUUGCUGAAGGCUGGCUGGGCCCGCACCCUGUUUUGGAGAGCUAACCAGUGGGUGAUGAUCCACACUUUUCACUGUCGCAUGGUGCUCACUUACUACAUGUGGUGGGUAACCUUUACCCACUGGGAAGAGCUCAGCACCCAUGUGGUCCUUCUCCAACGCUUGUUGUUCUUCACUGGCCUCGCUCUACUAACGUGUGUCCUCAACCCCAUCUGGACGCACAAGAAGACCAUGCAGCUGCUUAAUCCUGUGGACUGGAACUUUGGAAACAAGCCGGCACCCCUAAACUGUGCCGCAGAGGGUCACUCCGAGGUUUCUGUCAAACCCCACGCCAGCUGAGGGGUACCAAAGAAGACACUUCCUAUCAAAG